CGACUUUGCAAUGCCUCUCGUUGCCGCUCUACUUCGAUCGUUCACAACUGGCCAUGGGCCCGCUUGAACGAUUAGUGUCACUGGGCAAUGGCGGCACUCCACAUGAGGUCCGCAGAGUCUUGGACUCCGAGCUGCAGACAUGGACCACUUCCCCGAGAAAGGCCACCAUGUUUUUGAGCACCCUAGCGCAGAAGAAGUUUCCCGACUUGGCUUUGAACGUUGUGGACACCAUGAGAGCGACUGCUGUGGAAGUGAAUUCUAUCCAUAUAAGUGCAGUGGUGGGGGCUGCAGCUCGAUCUGCUCGCUGGACUUUGGCUCUUUGGUUGUUGCAAAGUCCGGAGCUCUUGGCGGAUCCCAAUGUUUUUGCCUGGAAUGCUGGCAUCAGUGCUUGUGAAGCAGGCAAGGAGUGGGAACGUGCCCUGUUGCUCUUCGAGUCCAUGCCUGCAGCGGGAAUUGAACCAGAUAAGGUCAGCAGAAAUGCCGCAAUCAGUGCUUGCAAGAGUGGGAGCAAUUGGCAGCUGGCCGUUAAUUUGCUUAGGAGUUUUGACUCGGCAGAUGUGAUUAGUUUUGGUGCUGCAAUCACCGCUUGUGAGAAGUGUGGGAUGUGGGAAGAGGCGCUGUCCCUGGCGGAAAGCAUGCAGGCCAGGCGGAUCUCCUUGGAUUUGGUGUGCUACAAUGCUAUGAUGAGUGCAUGUCAAAAAGGCCAGCAGUGGCAAUGCACCUUAGGCCUCCUAUUUCGGAUGCCACUUGCUCGGCUUUCCCCAGAUGUGGUCUCCUUCAAUGCAGCAAUCACCGCAUGUGAGCAGGGAAGUCAGUGGCAGCUGGCCUUAUCUAUAUUGGCUACUAUGCCAGCAUCACGGAUUUCACCAGACCUAAUGACCUUCAAUGCCAUGAUCAGUGCUUGUGCCUCUAGCGCCCAGUGGGAACUUGCUUUGAGUACCUUGAGGGAGGCAUCAAUUCAAUACAUGCCCGACACAAUCAGUUUUAGCGCUGCCAUUACUGCCCUAGAGAAGGGCUGUCAAUGGGAGAUGGCUCUCAAUAUCUUAAGAAGAAUGCCGGAGGCCUCGGCAGAGCCCAACCUUGUGAGCUUCAAUGCCGCCAUCAGUGCAUGUGAGAAAGGCUGGCAAUGGGAGCACGCGAUGCAAAUCUUUGGAAGGCUACCAGACCUGAACCUCACACCCGACUUGAUCACCUACAAUGCUACGGUUGCAGCCUGUGAAAAAGGUGCACAGUGGCUGUUGGCGAUGGAUCUUCUUUUCAAGAUGUACUUGGGCAGGCAGUUGCCAGAUGAUAUUAGCUUCAAUUCUGCGACAAUUGCAUGUGAAAAAGCUGGCGCAUGGCAGGCAACGUUGGACAUCCUGGAGCUCAUGCUGAAGGUUCAAAUCCUACCAGAUGCCGUGUUCGCAGGACCUCCCAAAGUAAGCCGCAGCCAAGUUUUGCAUGCAAUGCACUUGCGUAUGAUUCUUUUCUUAAACUGAGAGGCUCCGCGACAAGCGCUUUUAGGGCUGCGCUUGGUCCGGCCAAAGCGAUGAUUCUUCUUCGGUCACUACGACCUUUUUGGCAGAGAUGCAAUGCACGAGGACCGCAGAGCAAGGCACAUAUUCAAGUUGCAAUGAUUCAAGUUGUUUAUGCAGAAAUUGCUCUUAUGUGCUUGUGUCACAUGUCAACACUUGCCAACUCUUCUCCAUACUCUCUGAAAUACUGUCCAACGGAUGAUUGCCAUUUGGCUGGGCCAAGAAGGUGGUUCGAUCAUAGUUUUCCCCUCUCCCGUGGCAAACGAUGGAUGGAGUUUGGACAGAAUGAUUCCCACCAAGACCAUUCCAGGAAGUUUGGCCUAGGAAUUGCUGGGAUUCAAAGGAAAGGACAAGGGAUUCACAGUGGGAGACGCAUUCCACCCCCGGAACAUUUCAAGGAUUUGGAUUAUUGUGCCAGCACUUUCUAUCAUUCCGACAGUUUAUAAAACGGUAUCUAACAUUUUGUGUGAGUCACGUCGCCAUCUAAAAUCAAGCCUUGACUAGAUAUUGAAAGGCUUUCAGCGGCACCAAUCCUGAUUGUUGAAGAUUGCAGUUUCAACUGUGCCGCACCGAUUAGUAGCCGACUGCAAGGUGAGCAGACUCGUGCCUUGUUCCCAGCUUCGCUCCCACGGUGUCACAUCCCGGCCCAUUCCAAAUUCCAAUAUAUGGGAAUGUUGUUCAUGUCCGUGCUGGUGACAGGGUGGAGUGGCGGGGGAGAAGGCUAGGAAACACUGAAUGCAAGAGGCUUUAGCGACAAGCUCUGGCGUGAUCGCCAUAUCAAAGCCUGCCGGGGCCAAAGCCUUAGAUCGCAAGGAGUUUGGAAGGUAAGCGCCUUUUGAGUUUUGAGUGCAGCAGUUGCAAGAUUAGAGUCCAGUCUUAUCGAAUCUUUGGACCUGUCGGCAAGGUCACGACCGAAGAUCUUGUGGAAGCUUUGCAAGAGCAAUGUCAGCCCCACGGUAGCCUGCGUAUUGUAUCAAGGCUGGACCAUCCUACUUCUGGAGUCCUUCCUUUGGCUGUGGGCAUCGAAGGAUCCAUGGAAGCGAAUUGGCUACGUGCUCAGUUUGCCGGGCGUUUGGUCUCCAAGGAAUACCUCUGUCUUUGUGAAGGUGCACCCUUUGGAGCACGUGGCACUAUCAAUGCACCGUUGUUGACAAAAGAAGUGGAUGGAGUGAGCCGCAGUGAGGUCUCUGAAAGCUUCGGACGCGAGGCAGUCACAGAAUAUGCGGUGUUGAAGAGAUACAAUGUCCGCGCACCGAGGAAUUGCCCUGAAGAAUAUGAAGCAAUGCUCCUCUCAGUGAAACCUUUGACUGGAAGGACUCAUCAGAUUAGAGUGCAUUUGGCAAGUGUUGGUCGACCUUUAGCUGGUGAUUUGACUUAUGGCCGCAAGCACCGAUCCAUUCUGAACUGUCCCCGGCUUUUUCUGCAUUGCUGUCGUAUACAGCUGAUGGACAUCAAUGACGAGGUAUUCUCAGCAGAAGCCACAUUGCCCAGCGAGUUGAUGGAUGUACUUGAGGCUCUACAGCCAUUCAGAGUUGGAUGAAAGUUGAGUCGCUGAAAGGGUUCUUUGACAAUUGUUGGUUUUGGUUUCUUAUCGAUCCUUGCAACAAGCACCUCUUUGAAUUGAAUCCUGGUCAUUGUAUAUACCAGUCUUGAGCCUGAGAACAAACCGCACAUAUCCGCAAGUUCGGCCCUUAAGAUUAGGCGGGAGCGAGAUGCUCGCUAUUGCAGCAAGGUGCUUUGUGGGAAGUACAGUUGUUGGCAAGCCCGUGCUUUUUCCACAUCAUGGAUCUAAUUCUUGCGCUCAUGCAGAUGAUGGCUCCACGUGCACGACUGGAAUAUAUUGACAACUGCAUAUCAACGAAUGGCGUUGGAAGUGUUGGCAAAGUUGUGCAGAGCUCCUGCAGAGCCUUGCGCAGGGCAGAGAAUGGCCAGCUGGAAAGUCCAGGGGCCCACAGUCACCAUCACCCACACUACAGAUCUACUUUUAGGAUCUUUUAGGGGAUAUUUGGGUCGCCAGUUGCCGUUGAAAUUGACAGCAGCUCAUGAAAGCAACUGAUGCAUGCCAAUUCACUAGUUGGCUAGUUGGAGGUAUUACAGUAUGUGGUGUUUCAUGUUUCACUUGCGCAGGCAUUGCCAAGCAAAAAGGCUUGACUGUCUACAACAGAUUUAAAGGUUGUGCGACUGGACCAAAUCAAGGGUUCGAUGCCAAUGGCCGGUAGAGGGAACGUAACAUCAUACAACUUGCACUUUGUUGCAGUGCUUUGCGGCAUUUCUAUUAUUGGCACAUGGUGG